CAGCGCGUGAUUAAAGAUGGUGGAUAGGGAAAUGUUUUCAUUAGAAAAUAUGUAAACACUAACUUUGAUUCGAUUUCCUGACAUUUAUCGUGUGAAUUAGAAACGUUCUAUUGCGCGCAAAAUGGGUGCCAAAGACUCUAAAUUAUCCGUGAUAUCUUUUGAAGAUGCAUCACGGCGAGUGAGUGACUCAGAAAGUGCCAGACUAAGGGAAGCUUUUCGCAGAGUGACAGCUGUCAACUCAACCAUGUCUGACACUGUGUUUGUAAGAGAAGUUUUGUGGGAAGGUGUCCCGAUGAAUAUAGCCCAGCUAAUCUACAGAGGCUAUGGUGGGACAUCCAAGGGCUUGAGUUACAAAGAUCUGCUGUGUGGUCUGGUUAUUCUAACCAAAGGUACCAGAGAGGAGAAAAUGAAAUUGAUCUUUGCCAUGUACUGCGACGACUCAUGUACCUAUGUACAGAAGGAUGAAAUGGAUAAACGUGUCAUUGAGACAGAAGGCCAGGUGUCUCCAGCAUUAUCUAAUCUGUUUAAAGAGUCUGAUCAAGUAUCGUAUGAGCAGUUUUCAUAUUGGUUGAAAGGACAUCCAGACGCAACAAUAAUAAGCAAAUGGCUACUUUUGGAAUCAGCAAGCUUAUCUUUGUCAGGGGAACAUGACACGCCCACAUUUUACCAGACUCUUGCCGGGGUCACUCAUUUGGAAGAAAGAGAAAUUCUGGAGCUGGAAAAACGCUACUGGACCCUCAAAGCAUUAUCAAAGUCUGGACGGUUCGACCAAGAUUUGUUCAAGUCUCAAGUCUGUCCGCCCUUACCAGAGAAACUUUGUCAUUCGCUGUUUUUGGCAUUUGAUGAAAAUUGUGAUAGUCACAUAGACUUUAAAGAAAUGGCUUGUGGCAUUUCUGCGUGUUGUCGAGGUCCCACAUUAGAAAGACAGAAAUUUUGUUUUAAAGUGUUUGACUUGGAUCACGACUCCAGGCUGAACGAGCAUGAAGUGACUGCCAUGCUGGAAGCCUUGAAUGUAGUAAGAGAAGUGUAUCACUCCAAGGCUUCUCUGCAGGAAGCUCAAGACUUACCUCCUCUUGAACCUUCUGUAGUUGCCAAAGAAAUUCUCUCUAGUUAUGACCUGAACAAGGAAGGAUCUUUGACUCUGGAGGAUUAUUUGUUGUGGACAGUCAACAAUCAGCUGACCUCAGACUUUUUAGAGCUCCUUAGUGAGAUAUGCCACAUUGUGUUAGGCCUGUACCCACAGACCAAAGAAGAGGAAGGAAGGAUUAUCCAACACUGGCUAGAGAGAGAGAGCCGAAACCCUUUAGAGGUGGGCCAGAUCUGGUACCUGGUCAACAUGCAGUGGUGGAAUGUUUGGCUGGACUACGUCAAUGCUGAGAUGGACCCUAUGAGUAGACAGCAGCGGGUGUCCAAGAGUAAGCAGCAACAGUCAAUAGCAUGGGAUGAUGACUGUGUGCUAAUGGUCGGACCAGACAACAUCAACCAGACAUAUCGGUCAACGGCCACCUCUCUGAUACCACCUGACUCUACCCCCACCCACCGAGCCCAGGCCUCACCUAAAGCUUCCAGAAAAAUGUUGGCGUUAACUACAAGCAAACCUCCUGCUAUAAACAACAACAGCCUGCUCAUCAACCCAACUAAGUACAUAUCAAUGACCAAUGAAGGCGGGAGACUGAGGCGGGAUGUUUUGUUAACCAGAGGAAAAGAUUUUGAAAUAGUCCCAGAAUGCAUCUGGAGAGCACUGACCACCUGGUAUGGUGGGUCACCCGCCUUACCAAGGACAGUGAUCAACACAUCUAAAUCUGGCAACACCCCUGACCUGGAGCUCUACCCUAUUUGUGUUCGGAUCCUUCGGCACCAGACCCCCAGCCAGAGGCCGCCCCCGGCAACAAUUUUCACAGGGAUGGUAGCAGCAGGGAUGAGUCUGACAGCCAACCCAGCACAACCCCGGCGCUACCAUGCGCACACAGCCUCCUUUAGUCGCAAGCACACCAUGGCGCAGAUCUAUGAAUUUCUAUGUAACAAGCUGAGAUUUUAUAGGGAAGACUUUCGCUUGUGGAAAAUAAACCCUAAAGAUGACCAACAUAUCACACCACUGGACGAUGAUGAUCGCACAGUUGAAGACAAUGAGAUAGAAGAUAAUCAACAAAUUUUACUGGAAGUUCGUAAUAAGGACCUAACUUGGCCUGAAGAGAUGUCGCAGCUUGCAAAAAACAAAACAUUGAAAAAGGAUGAUGUUCCAACUGAGAAAGGAGCUACAGGACUGAACAAUCUUGGCAACACAUGUUUUAUGAAUGCAGCCCUCCAGUGUGUGUCCAACACCUGGCCACUCACUCACUACUUUGCUGGCAACCUGCACCUGUUUGAGCUCAACAGAGAUAAUCCGCUGGGAAUGAAAGGUCAUAUAGCUCAAAGAUAUGGGGAGCUAAUCAAAGAUCUCUGGAGCGGAACAUCCAAGACUGUAGCACCUCUUAAACUCAGAUGGACAAUAGGUAAAUAUGCUCCAAGGUUCAAUGGCUUCCAGCAGCAUGAUUCUCAAGAGCUGCUGAGUUUCCUAUUGGAUGGACUCCACGAGGAUCUGAACAGAGUCCACCACAAGCCUUAUGUUGAGCUCAAAGACAGUGAUGGCAGGCCGGACAGGGAGGUGGCAAGGGAGGCCUGGGAAAACCAUUUACUGCGGAAUCAGUCCAUCAUUGUAGAUUUAUUUCAUGGGAUCCUCAAGUCCCAGGUCAUGUGUAAGGAGUGUGAGCAUGUCAGCGUCAGGUUUGACCCAUACUCUCACCUUUCUCUACCCUUACCGAUGGACAGUUGUAUACACAUAGAGGUCAUAGUUCAAAAAUUGGAUGGCUCUGUCCCUGUCAAAUAUGGAUUACGGCUGAACAUGGAUGAGAAAUACAAAAGUUUGAAACGAGAGGUCAGCUACUUGUCCAACAUUCCACCCGGGGAGCUCUUAAUUGUAGAGGUCAAUGGACCUAAUGUCAAGUCCCUCCCACAAGAUGACCAGAAAAUUCGCAGCCACCUCAUCCCCUGCUCUCUUUUCUUGUACCAACUCCCCCCUCCCCCGCUAAUCCCACAGAUGACGGAGGAAGAGGAGAACUCUCAAUCUGGCAGCAGGGAGAGUUUAGACUUGCCAGAUAGGAUUGCUGUUAAAGGUGUCCUGCCACAAAAUAGUCCAAAACUGAAUGGCCAGCCUGUACAAAUGUCCAAGUCCCCAUGUCACUCUCGCAGUCCCAGCAAUGUUAGUAUAGCUAACACCAACAGCCUAGACCGUUCUGCUGAAAGAUUUGAAAACUUCGUUAUAGGGCUGCAUAGAAAGAUGAACCUGAUGGAUGUUUACUUUAUGUCCUCUCAAAAAUCUCGGCCGAGCUUGUUCGGCACGCCCAUCAUUAUCCCGAGGUCUGAGAACACAACCAAUCAAGAGCUGUAUCAGUUUGUCUGGAACCAAAUUGCAAGGCUCGUUAGUCCAUUGCCGCCAUCAGAAUUAAAAGUGACCAAUCAUGCGCAAGACUGUGAUGACAGCCUUGGCUAUGAAUAUCCUUUUAUGCUGAAGGAGGUGCAGAAAGAUGGUUUUUUAUGUUACAAAUGUCCUUGGUACAGAUUUUGUCGGGGUUGUCGAGUGGAAUGUAACACUGAAUUGUAUGGCAAGGGAAGCGCUUUUCUGGCAAUAGACUGGGAGGCCACUGCCCUGCAUUUACGCUACCAAACCACACAGGAAAAGUUUUAUGAAGAACACACAAGUGUGGCAUAUUCCAGACUAAAACAAACUGAACCCAUUGACCUUGACACUUGUCUACAAGCAUUCACCAAGUGGGAGGAGUUAGACGAAGAUGAACUCUACUAUUGCUCAAAAUGUAAAAAACAUUGUCUUGCAGCAAAAAAACUGGAUAUCUGGAGGCUACCUCCUAUACUGAUUAUAAACCUUAAAAGAUUUCAAUUUUUAAACGGGCGCUGGGUCAAAUCACACAAGAUAGUCAACUUCCCGCUGGUGGGCUUCGACCCUAAAGCCUAUCUGGCAAGCCGCGAGCCUGUGGACACCACAAACACUGACCACAAUAAAGGAGGCCAUAACAACACGGCGGAUAAUGACGUCACACCUCAAGAUCCGCCUGAUGGGAACGGGUGCGGGGACACCAUCAGCAGCAACAUCCUUGCCAACCACUACGGGUCCAGCACCUCCAGCCCGCCUGUACGGUUGGGGACCAGAAGCUCCGCCUCUUCCAAUUUAGAUUCGGUCAACAGUAGUCUUUCAGUGCCUAUCUCAGGUCUCGUCACUGCCAUUCCACCUGACACCAGCAAUUACAUUCAUAAUCAAAACCAGCAUGUGUCACAGUCUCUCCUCAAGCCAGGCGUGCUAUCAAUCAAAUCCACAGCUAAUGGUUCUUCCAAAACUGGCAUAAUAUCCCACGCCAUUGAUGCCAGAUUAAAAGAAUUUGACAAGGAAGAUUAUACAAACGUUCGAUACAACUUGUACGCCAUGUCUUGUCACACAGGUAUACUUGGAGGGGGGCACUACGUUGCUUAUGCAAAAAAUGAAAAGGAUCGCUGGUUUUGUUAUAAUGAUAGCAGUUGUAAGGAAGUCCCUGAACAUCAGCUGGACAAAAAUUCUGCCUACAUUUUAUUUUACCAGCGAGAGAAUGUGGAUUUUAGUCCUUUUAUGCCAGAUACAACUGGACGAGAGCCGGAUACUUCAGAAAUUGAUGACGAGUUUGAAUCGGAUUUCAAGAAAAUGUGUAUACUACAGUAAAACUUUGUGUAACCAGUGUAUUUAUCAAAGCAUUCUUUAAGUCACGCUGUAUCUCUGUUUCAAAGGCCCACAUUUUUAACAUAAUUUAUUUUCAAGUAUAAAGUGCUUUGUUUUCAACUCACAAAAUAGAUUUAUUACUUUCAAAUUUUGAAGAAAAUUUGAUUUUUUUAUGUUAAAAGUUUUUCUCUUGCAAAUUGUUUUCUGCUUGAGAAUGUGGCUUGAUAAUUUGAAGAAUUUCAAGGAAGAAAAAUCAACAGAGUAAUAAAUUUUUUUGUGAAUUCCGAAAAAUGUACUUAAAAAAAACUAAUUCGCCUGGAUAUUCCAUUGUAAUCAUGGCCUUAAAUGGGUUCUUAAAAAGAAAACAGUUUGUCCCUACAACAUUCCAGUCAAUGAUGGUCAUGGCCACAAUAUUUCUCAACCAAUGGGAGCAAGUGUUGCAGUAUGUUUGUGCUGAGGACAGAGUUAUCAUCCUUGACAGUCAGUAUUUAUGGGUCUGUGCAAUCUUAUUUCUUUUCCCACAAUCCAUUAUUUUCUCAGUGAAUUAGUUUGAUCAUCUCUCAUCUCUAUCAUGUGACGUCUGCUCAAUAGUAUCCAAAUGUGCCUGAGCUAAUGGCUCAGUAUCCCAGCAUGACUUGACAUAGCAAGCGCGGAUGUUUAUGGAAAUAAUUGUUUUGUUUCAUCAAACUGGAUCCUGGGAAAUGUAGUUGUAUUUUUUUGAAAGAUAUUUACUUGUAUAUUUUUCUGGCAAUGAAAGAAAAUAAUUUCAAAUUCUGUUUCCCUCUCAUUGUGCCAGUAGUCUGUUGUACAGCAGUGUAAGAGUUAACAUACAUGGAUACAAAUGUUUGACAAAUACUGAAGACUAUUUAGCCGUUUUGUUUCGCUGAAGUUUUGUGAUACCAGUUCUGGCUGUGAAUGUUUUGUGGUACUUGGCAUCCAGAAUUACAAUAAACUUAGCUAUUUGUAGUUUUGCAUAAUUGCCAGUUUAGUGAAUGGGGGUGGAGGGGAGUUCUAUGUGACAGACUAAAUAGGUCAGACACAUUUUACCCCUUACCUUACAGACACAAAAAUUGUGUCAAUUGAAUUGUAAAUAUAAAAUAACCAAGUUAUUAGUUCUGUUUUUAUAUUUAUAUUUAAAAGAAUAUUGUUUUCUGUAAUUAAAUUAUUACAGAAUGAAAUUUUAAAAAAGGUUUAUAAAUAGUUAUAAUAAUUUAUAAAUAAUUAUUCCAGAGAGGGAAUCUUCAGUUUGUUGGGUGUUUUAUGGUGUUUUAGUUAAAACAGCUAGUUUAACCUUUGUAUUGAGACUUGUUUGCACACUAACUUUGGCAUCACCAAGAAAACAGCUUUUCAAUUUCUAACUCUAGAAGAGAAGAUUACCAUUUACUACUUUCAGUUUCUAGAAGAAAAGAGUACCAUUUACUAUUACUUUCAGUUUCCAACUCCAGAAGAAUAGAUUUCCAUCGGCAGUCUACAACACCAAAUGUAGCUAAUACUGGUGAAAAAUGUUUUUCAUUUUUUUAACCAUGUACAUUUAUAUUUUAUAUAUUAUAUUAUUAAGCAUGGACAAUCAAAAUGUUUCAUAGAACAUGACAGUUACCUUUUUGGAUAUUUUAUUUAUUCCUUAGCUUUGUAGCCAUUUUAUAAAUUUAAAGAUCUAAUAAUAGAAACAAGAUGUAUAAUUGUGGAGAAGCAAUUGUUAAACUUGUCUGAUUUGAGCAUUUCUUGAUGUUCCAAUGCAUUGGAAAUAUGAUUGUAUAGAUGGUUUUCAAAACUUGGGGUUUAUGAGAAGUGGCUAAUAGUCAGGUUCAUUGAUGCAUAAAAUCAAAAAUUAAAUUUGCUCAUAUCUGCUGCUCUGUAACUAUCCAGAAUUUUUGUUUUGUCCUUCGGCUGCUUCAUUUGUUUCACUUUUAUACCUUUACAAUUGUUUCCUUUAUGAUUUGAUACUAGAUUUUAAUUAUUUAAUUAUUUGUAGUAGAAAAUGUUAAGGAACACAGAUGCCUAAGAAAUGUAUCUUUUGCUAUAGUUUUAAUUUGUCCAUUUAUUUAUUUAUUUUUACAUCGAAUUAAUCCAUUUACCAUGUGCCACUUUUGUUAUUUUUUUGGUUUUUUAAAUUAUGCAAUCUAUUCGUAGGAAGAGCUAGCAGCUUUAGUGAAAUAAGUUGACUUUUGUUUUAUUUACAAAGCAUUAAUAUUUUUUUAAACUUCAAGAAUAUUAAGACAACUGUUAUUCAACUAAAAGUAUUUAUCAGAAUAAUUAGCAGCAUGGUAGAUGAUAGCAGUUAAAAAUAUAAUUUAAAUAAUAUAAGUUAAAUAAUAUAAGUUUAAUGCAACUAUUUAGUUAAAUUUGUAUCUGUUGUACUGAUUUAGUUUUCACAUCAUAGUAUAAGUACAAUUAUAUUGUAUAAAGCACAUGUCAGUUAUGAAUGACCAUAACUUUAUGAGAUGGGUUACUUUAGAAUCCUUAUUUAUUAUUUGCGGGAUCAUGUUAGCAAACAUGAUAGAAGGGUUUACUUUGGAAAAUGGUUCAUUAAAAUAUUGGGAAUGAUUUAUUUAUUUUAAAUGAUUAUUUUUAUGAAUAGUUGUGCCAAUAGCAGUAUAUACUAUUAAAAUACUAUUUGUCUAAUGUUUUCUACUAUGUUUUGCUGACUAUAAAGCCUUAAAAACCAUUUCAUUUGCUGUUAUUUAUUUCAUUAUUUUUUUUAGCAUAACAUAAUGUUAUGUUUAUGUCAGCUGAUUUAUGAUGUGUAUGUAUUUAUAUCAUAACCCAUAAAACAUGUAAUUAUGACAUAAUUGGUGUAUUGGACCUGGUUUUGUUAAUGGUCCUCUUUAAUUAUGUUAAUUCAGUUCCAAACACAAGUGUAAAACACUUUAAGACACAUUUUAAAUUAUUAAAAUUUUAAUUCUAAAAUCAAUGGAAAGAUUGUGAUUUUUGUUGGUGCUAUACCAUCUAGGCAUUGUUGGCUUUGUUAAACUUCUGUUGGUUUUUUUUUAUGGUUUUUUUAUGAGUUUACAUUAUUUUUUCAGGUUUUCUAUGUAUUUAUACCAUUUAAAAAUAUUCAAAUGUUAAUGAAGAGUUUUGAAAACCCUAGUUUUUUUUUGUUCUUUAAAUAACCAUAGGUUUUGCUAAAAGUUAACAAGAAUUUGGUUGUCCCUUUUAAAUUUUCAGUUUGCAGUAGUCUGUUGUACAAAAGUUAAAAAAGCUUUUAUAUUCAUAAAUCAUUUUUAAAAUAUAGAUCUAAAUUAAUUGAAGCUUUCCCAUAAAGUAAUACAAAAAUACUUGAAUGAGUUUUGAUAUUAAAAGUUUUUUAAAUAUCAUAAGACAAUUAUAAUUAUAUAAAAGAAUAUAGAUUAGCUAUUUAAUCUUUCUCUGAAAAAAUUAGAUGAUCCUUUCAUUUAGUGAUUUUCAUGUGUAUCAAGAUCAAGAAAUUUUCCAGCUUACCAGUUCCGUCGGCUCUUUUGGUAUAGGAAAUUAAUCUAGUAAGAAAUAGAUAUUUAGAUAGCUUAUUAUUUUUAACCCCAUUUUUUUUCUCAAUUAUUUUUUCUUAAACAAUGGUUUAAAUUUUAUUAUUUAUUUAUACAUUUUGGUUUAAGUGCAUCAAAAUACACAUGAUUUUUAAUAACUGUCCAAUGGUAUAGUUAGAAUUCGCUUUCUUUUAGUAGUAGAAAAAUAUAAUUUGACAUGGUUCUUUCAAAUGUCUAAAUAUUCUAUUUACAUCAACAGAAUGCUUCAUAUCUUUAUAUUUUUGUAUAUAUAAAUAGAAUAUUGUUUUUCUUUUUAAUAUUGUAAAUUUUGUGAAUCUACUCUAGCUUUAAAUGAUGGGAUAGUAGACAUUUAAAUGUGAUAAUUGUUAUGAUUCCACAGAGAUAGAGCUGGUAAGGUCACUGAGAAUUUCCUGCUUUUCAUUAGCUGCUCCUUUACUAAUGGAGUUGUCUCCCAUAGUGCAGAGAAACCUUUUCUUUUUAAAAUGAAAAUUGUUGUGGUGCACCUACACCAUUUCUAAUGAAGUCUCGAGUCUUUUAGCUAGAUAUGCUUUCACAUGAUUGUAGGGCCAGCGUAUAGACUAGCAUCUUUUAUUUUCAACAAUCAAAAAAAUUUACAUUACUUCUUUAAAAAAUAAAAUAAGCUGAUCAAGCUUCAAACUUUUCAAGCCUUUUUUUUUGUCAGUUAAAGAUUUUCAUGCAGCCCAAUAACAUUUGUAUGUGCUUUCUAUGGAUUUUAUGACUAGGUAAACCAUAUAGAUUGAUGUAUAAAAUGUUGAAACUAUGUUAAGCUUUCCGUUUCAACUAUGUUAACAAAUUUUUUCUUGAUAUGCAGUCUGUGAUGCCAUUUUUACGUACUAAUUAAUUCUUCAUAAGAAAACAGUUGUGUAGAUUUGUUUUAUAAUGUGUGCACAUUUCAUCAAAUAAAUCUCCAAUCAUG